AACCCAGACCGAGACCGCCGAGCCUAGUGUUAUGGCGGCGUGGUGAGGCAGGACGCCAGCACAGAACUUGUACCGAUUACCGCCUUUACCUUUAACUGGAGUGGCCUGUGAGAGGCAGAGAGUAGCGGCAAGAUGUCUAUGUCAGGAGCUGAGUACCUUGCCUCCAUCUAUGGCACAGAGAAGGACAAGGUGAACUGCUCCUUCUACAUCAAGACUGGAGCUUGCCGGCACAGCGAGAGAUGCUCCAGGAAGCACAACAAGCCACAGUACAGCCAGACAGUGGUGAUGCAGAACAUGUAUGUGAGUCAGCAGAACUCAGCCAAGUCAGCAGACGGUUCCCACCUGGCCAACAUGAGCGACCAUGAGAUUCAGGAGCAGUUUGAGUACUUCUUUGAGGACGUGUUCUUUGAGUGCGAGGACAAGUAUGGCGAGAUUGAGGAGAUGUGCGUGUGUGACAACCAGUGCGACCACCUGCGAGGGAACGUGUACAUCAAGUUCCGUCGCGAGGAGGAUGCUGUGAAGGCCGCUGAGGAUCUCAACAACCGGUGGUAUAUGUUCCGCCCCAUCUACUGUGACCUCUGUCCUGUCGCUGACUUCCGAGAGGCCUGCUGCCGACAGUUUGAGAUGGGGCAGUGCGGCAAGGGAGGAUUCUGCAACUUUUGGCACGUCAAGCCCAUUUCCCACCAUCUGAAGAACCUGCUGGCACGCUCCUCCCGCUCCCGCUACCGCCAUCGCACCCGCUCGCGCUCCAGAUCCAGGGAGAGGUACACCGAGAAGUAUGAGGGUAAACACGAGGGCAAGCACCGCCGCAGGUCCCGCUCUCGCUCCCGGGACAGGGACCGUCGUGACCGCAGAGGAAGGUACUGAGGACUGGCUUAGAGGGACUCGUCUGGUGCCAGCAGAAGGAAGUGUGAGAGGCACACUCAGGUACUGGCUGGGUGUGCUUGGAGAAUGUAAAGUGACCUAUAUGCAUCUAAGCAAUGACAUUUUCCUUCAUAAUAUUUCAUGAUAAAGUCUCCAUUAUUCAAGGCAUAUCUAGCUGAUUUUUUGUAUUAAGUUUUCAGCAGAUUAUGGAGUCUGCUAGGAUAGGCAAUCAUACUUUAAUGCAUACACAAAGUAUUUUGUUAAGGUGCUUAAGGUAAAGUGGAAGAAAUCUUGCGACUGAGCACAAUAUUUCAAGAUUCUCAGAUUACUAAUUCAUACAAAAUUUACCUGGAAAUUUUGAAAAGAUUGUUUAGGUGAGUUAGAUGAAUUGUCAUCUAAUGAGUGUCAGUGAGCUAGAUGAUUUGUCAUCUUAGAAGUGUCAGUGCCUACAGAAGGAUGUAUUUGAUGGUGUGAUUUUGCUCGUAGUUAUAUUCAUAUAGUGUGUAGUACCAGAUAGAAAUUAAAGAUCUCAGACUAAACUGGGGAGUCAACACUAAACUGAAGCUGUGCUUGGAAAGUAUAUUCCACUGAUUUCCACUCAGUAUUGCAUGCUUAUUUAGGUUUUAUUUGUGUUCAAAUUUUUGUUGAAUUGAGUCGGUAUCACUGAAAUAUUGUUGCUGAAAUGUCAUUUGUAUUUCUUUUUUUCUUUUUUUUCAUAUUUUAUUGUAGUAAUUGUCUUUUCUAAAUGUAGGGUCUAAUUACAUGUGCAUUUUUGUAACAGCAGAGUAAAGUACACAAAUAUACUGCUGAAUGUAAAACAUAGACCAUCCCUUGGAAAGUUUAAGAAAUAAGUGACAGCCUGUGUAAUGUUGUUCAGUAUUACCCAAGCAAUGGCGGUAUGAACGACACCUCUGCUGUAUAUGCCAAACUGCAAAAUGGGUUAAGGAACUUUGUGCAUAUAUAUACAUAAGUACAAAUUUUUGUGUGCAUGAAUCUGCCAUUCACAAACAUGCCGCUUAAUGUAACCAGACAUACCAUGUGAAAAUAUAUGUUGUCACCUUUAGAAAA